AUGCCAGUUUGGAUAAGAGCAGAUGUCGACAACUAUUCACGCCAAUUCGAAGGCUCUUUCAGACAUCUAGUUAACGAGUUCACUGUGAGUUUCACAAAAUAAACAACUUCCUUGAAUAAUUGUUCACUUAUAUUCAGACUUUGGUUGCCAAGGCUCAAGCAAGAAAUGUUCCAAAUGCAACAAUCGCUGGUUAUCAGCUAGAUUUCAACAAUAUUUCAAGAGAAGCCAAUGAGUUGAUUGUAAGUUUUACUUUUGAUUUGAUCCAAUAAAUAUUAUUGUGUUCUUUACAGAACACCUUUCACUUCGGUCGCUGUGAUGCGGUUUACCAAAUUCUUGUGAGCAUGCAAAAAGUUUACCAUAAGUUGAAUGAAGCUUCUGACCGUGCUGUUAAUACGCCAACAAGAAGAGAGAGACAAGUAGUUCAGCAACAAACUGAAAUUGAAGUUAUUACUUUAGACUAA